AUGCGACAAAUAUUAUCGCUACUCUUAGUGCAGCUCCUUCUUGGGCAGACUGUACUCACCCAAGCCGCCAACACCACCGUUAUUGGCGCUAUUCCAACUCAAGCGCCAGUGACAUCAACCGAGACUACUAGUACUACGAAACCGGAUUUCGUAAGCUUCCUCAACACUCCAGUCCCAUCAGCCUCAACAACAUCUCCAACAAAGGCAUCACCACCAACACCUACACCAUCUGUAUCGACAACAGCUCCUACAAUGUCACCAACAAAGUCACCAACCAUGGCUCCAACAACCUCAGAGCCAACGAUCGCGCCUACGACAAAGAAUCCUACCAUCUCCCCUUCUCUAGAACCGACUCCUAAGCCUUCCUCUCAUCCAACGAUUGAGCCCACCGCUAUGCCAUCGAAAAGUCCAACUUCGUUGCCUUCUUCUUCCCCGUCUGCAAUGCCCUCACAGUUUCCAAGAUCUCCUGUGACCGGGCGGGCGGAACUCAUGUUCCGUUCUGUUUCUGGUCUCUUGGUUGGAGAUACAGAGGAAUCAUUUGUUGAAAAUACCAUUGCUUUCUUGACAGAGAACAUGCCGGAAGUAGAAGCAAUCUCGGUUGAUAUUGAAAGGCAAGCGAGGCAAUUCCAGAAUCGUCGAUCUUUGAGAGAAGAAGCCCUUUUUAUCGACAUUCGAGUCAGGGCCUCACAUAUUGUUAAGUCCGAUGACAUGUUCAACUUUGAUGUAAAUCUUAUGUCCGUCUUUGCGUCGGAAGAAAAAGAAUAUGUUGAGGCGUUGAAAAACACUGGUGAUCCUUAUUUCAGUUCGCUUGAUACUAUCAUCUUGCCAGAUACCGCUGCACCAACUGCCGUUCCAUCUAGUGCUCCUUCCCUCUCGCCAAUUGAAGAUGCAUCGUUGCCUCAGGAGUACCUCAUAGCUAUCAUCGCCGGCGCAGCUUUCUUCGUUCUUGUUCUUUUGGCAUUGAUCUACAGAUUCACUUGCUCCAAGAAGGGAAAAGGAGUCCAAAAUAAGGCUCCUUCGAAUAGCUUUUUCGCCUCGAAGAAACAGCAGUAUUCGAAUCAAGAUGCAGGUGCAGGUAGUGACCUUGAGUCUCACCAAGGCCUGGAAAGUCCGAGUGCACCUAGUGAUCAGAGCUCAUACUACGGAGGAAGCAUCAUGCAAGCAUCAACACAAAUGGAUUCUAACUCAUACUCUUACAGUCUCGAUCCGGGUCUCCCUUCAAGUGUGAUUAGUGGAAAGACGAGUGGCUCUAACGGAAACGCUGUACCUAUGGAAAUCCCCCAGAUUGAUCUACCAGCAAGUGCCGACCAAGCAAUGUUGCGUGAUUCAGGAAUAGAGCUAACCGCAAGCGACCUCCAGCUGACUGAUUCAGAGCUUGCGAUGCUACCUUCUAACCUAGGAAGAAGUGCCGAUAGCGCGGCAAGCAGCAAGAGGCAACGACGGGUUGUCAAGGCACCUCCUGGAAAGCUUGGCAUCAUUAUUGAUACCACUGUUGAAGGGCCUGUAGUGCAUCAAAUCAAUCCAGGUAGUGCAUUGGAAGGUCAAUUACAACCUGGUGAUAUUAUUAUAUCUAUUGACGAUGUUGACACUCGUGCGAUGUCUGCGUCCGCAAUCACUGACCUCAUGAUUCAAACAGCAAAGCAAUAUCGCAGUCUCACUGUUGUUUCCAAUCCAAAUUAG